AUGAGCAACUACGCAGAGAAUCUAUUGUUCAAGACCACGCAAUGGCCUCGACGGAAACUCAUUAUCGACAGUGUCUCGCAGGCUACACUUAGAAACGUGUGGUACUACCGCAUCAACGUGUCCGCGUACGAAGAAGUACGGCUAUCAACGUUUAUCGACGAAGACGUCAGCGAUAACAGCUCCAGUGACGACGACAGGUCCAGUGAUGCCUCGACGAUAACCACAUCGGUCAAACACUACUCUAUUCUGAGACGCUAUAGUGACUUCCUGCUAUUGUUCGAGCAAGUUCGGGAUGUGGUUGCGGCUACAGAGGGCAACAAAGCAGUGCUGCCUACAUUUCCUGCAAAGGAAUUCAUAUCUCCGACGUUGAAGGGUAUACUGCAACGAUCAUCAUCGACAAAGGCUGUGCUGGAUGAUCGCAGCCUAAAGUUUCAGGUAUUGCUCGAAUGGAUUGAAAACCACCCGAAUAUCAGAACUUGCCAUGCUUUCAUCAAAUUCAUCGGAAAGCCACCGCAGUCACACGAUGGCUAUAUCAGUCUCAAGGAAUAUACUCCAUCAGACUGGCUAUUGUCAUUGCAGCAGACGACAAAAAGCAUGGAGAGUUGCGGUCGUAGGUAUUCGAUUGAGAGCUCAGGCAUUAAAUUUCGACAAGAGCGACCAAACUUUGAUGUUUCAGGAGGCUUGACUCGAUUCCGUUUUGAGCACUUCCAUUCAACCAAGAAAGCGGCGUCAAAUAUGCAAGGAAUGCCUACUGCUUUAGAAGAAUCUUAUGAUCAACUAGAUCGGUAUUCCGUAUGA